CACCUGAUCACGUGUAGAGAUGAUAUCUUGUGACCUUUGGAGCACUUAUCUUCACCAAGUGUAUCCUCCCUUCGAUAAGUAUCAGCACUUAUGCAACUCUGAAUAUCGGUAGCUUUAUUUUUCUCCAUCAAGUACUGGAAUGUAGCCAGAUACCCGAGGUACUUCAGGUUGUUGUAUUUAUUCUCAGUGAACAAGCCUCAGUCAUGUGUGUAAUCGUGAUGACUACUGUCCUGAACGUGCGCGGCAAGAGAGCAGCUCCGCAUGAUUCAAUUUCAAAUCAGGAUAAGCUUGGCGAGUCCCGAUGUAGUAAGAUCUCGGGCCGGAUUCAAGAAUACGAGUGCCGAUCAUUGUAUGAGCAAGACGUUUAGCCACGUAGGGUCGCAUAUCUCAGGUACAUGAGGAUGUUGAUCCAAGCAACUUCUACUUCAAGUAGUCGAAGCUUACUCUGACUUGAUUGCAAUUCAGUCAGCAAACCCUACGGACUAGACAGCCGUCUUGGCUGUACUGAGCCUCAUUUGACUUGAUGUCGGUUAGGGACUGAAUAACGUCAUUUCCAUGCAAUGCUCACAAUCUUGGUAUGACAUGAGAUGGAGAUCACUGUUGAUAUACUUAAAAUAUGAAGUUGUUAUGGAAAAUUUUAUAUUUCGCCAGCAACAUUCACGAUGUAUUCAUAUUUACCAUUUAUAACCGCACUCCUUGUGCCUUUCAUUUCUGCUCAAUCCGAUUCUGUAGCUAGCAGCGGAACUGGGCCGGGCCCCUCACAAAAUGGCUCCUACUUCGAACAAUACAACCAACAACCCAACGCUACUGGCAGUGGCCAUUUAGUGGGCGCUAAUACAUCCGAAAUCCCACUGUUCCUAUCAUUUGUCAACUGGGAUACACAAAUUAAUGUCACCGAAGUCCCGUGGACUGGCAAUCAAACAGUAACGAACACGGUGAUAUCACUCAGCGCCUCAGACAAUGAUUUCCCCGCAAAUUUCUCAUGGGAUACUUGCGUGGUUCUCUUCACAAAUGUACCCAGGAAUGUGACGGUGAAAGGUCAAGAUGAUACCGGAGACUGCACAGCCUUGUAUUCCGACGAUUGUAUAAGUAAUUUUACGGUUGCGAUUCAAGAUGCGAGAACAAAGGCUACCUCGAGAAAUUCCACAGGUGUUUGUGGGGGUAUGUCAUUCAAUGAUAUACCAAGCCAGUGUGCAGGGUCAAUACUUCUUGGGUCUGUUGCUCAAAACAUCACAUCAAAUCAAACUGAUGGUUCAGCUUGGAUGUAUGAAUCCAGUGAUCCCCAUGAUUCGACCAACUUGACCUUUUACGAGGAAGCAGUUACGAAAAUUUGGCCAAUGAUGCUGAUUCAAAGUCCGAGCGCUGAUGCCAAUGGAGGGGCGGGGUUCACGCAUGCUGAAUUAAGUUGUCUGAGGGCGGAGAAUGUUACUAGUGGAAGCAAGGAGGUUGAUGGUGUUCCUGGGGCCGGAAAUAGAUUGGCUCUUGGUGGAUGGGCAUUAUUGCUCGUGACAGGCGCUAUGGGGCUUUUGAUGUAAGCAGCAGCGGAUCAUAAGUAAAUCAUAAUAAAUUUCAAGCUUUAUAAAUAACUUCAGCCACGACGGGG